AUGAACGCAACGCUCUCCGGCAUCCCUGGCACAGCUGAGUACCUGGACGGCAUUAUCAUCCUGAGUCGCUCCCCUGCCGAGCUGCAAGAACGAGUGUGCGCAGUACUCAAACGCGUGCAGGAAUAUAGGUUCCGCCUGCGGGGAGACAAGUCCCUCGACUCAAUCAAGUACCUCGGAUUCGGUUUCGACGUCACCGGUCGCCAUCCAGAUCCUGAAAACGUCCGGGCCAUCCCAAGGAUGCCUGCACCCGAGAAUGUACUGCAACUUUAUUCGUUCCUUGACCUGAUCAGCUAG